GAGGAGCAUCAACACAACCGGAGCGCUCAUUCAUUCAUGCGGAUUGUUCUUCUCCGAACAAACCCGCUGCUGCUGUGAAAACGACUGCUCAAGUUUACUUUCAUUCAUUUACGACCGCAUAAUGCUGCACUGACUGACCGGAGCAGGGAGGGAUUCCUGGGUUUCACCGUCUCGGUUUUAUAUUCACAUGUAAAAGGAGGAAAGUCUCGGCUGUUGAAAGGUUGUUUGGCACGUUUCGGGAAAGGAUACGACCGGAAUUCGCACCUGGAUUACUUCUGGUUGAGGACAACAUGCCUCAGACACCACCGUUCACGGGGCAGCUGAACUCUAGCGGCUACAACAAGAACCUGUACCAGACCAAGGAGGAAGGCUAUCCCGGCCUUUUUUAUCAUGACAACAACCUGGUGUCCGGGUCCCUGGAGGCCCUCAUUCACCACUUGGUCCCAACUGUAGACUAUUAUCCAGAUAGAACGUACAUAUUCACGUUCCUGCUCAGCUCUCGCCUCUUUAUCCACCCAUAUGAACUCAUGUCGAAGGUGUGUCACCUGUCCAUGGAGCAACAGCGGCUCAGCGAUCCCCAAGCUGACAAGAUGAGAGUCAGGAAGAUUUCUCCCAAGAUCCUCCAGCUGCUGACGGAGUGGACGGAAACCUUCCCAUAUGACUUCAGGGAUGAGAGGAUGAUGCGGAGCCUGAAGGAGCUGACCCACAGGCUGGCCAGCGGAGACGAGGUUUACAGAAAGGCGGUUAGCCAGAUGAGCCAAGGCCUGAUCAGGAAGUUGACGGUGCUCAGCCAGUACGAGGAGGCACUGGUCAAGAUCAACACCACAGCGGCCGAGCGACUGGCUGCUCUUAAAGCGAAGCCCCAGGCGGCCAUCCAGAGAGACAUGCUGUCCAUCUGUAACGACCCAUUCACUGUCGCCCAACAGCUCACACACAUAGAACUGGAGAGACUGAGUUACAUCGGACCUGAAGAAUUCGUCCAGGCCUUCGUCCAGAAAGACCCUCUGGACAACGAUAAGAGUUGCUUCAGUGAUCACAAGAAAGCCAGCAACCUGGAAGCUUAUGUUGAAUGGUUCAACAGACUCAGUUAUCUGGUGGCUACAGAAAUCUGCAUGCCUGUGAAGAAGAAGCACCGAGCCCGAGUCAUUGAGUUCUUCAUCGACGUGGCACGUGAAUGCUUCAACAUAGGCAACUUUAACUCCCUCAUGGCCAUCAUAUCUGGGAUGAACAUGAGUCCUGUGUCUCGGCUCAAGAAGACCUGGAGUAAAGUCAAAACAGCCAAGUUUGACAUCUUAGAACACCAGAUGGAUCCUUCCAGCAACUUCUACAACUACAGAACCGCGCUGAGAGGAGCCACACAAAGAUCGAUCACCGCCAACAGCAGCAGAGAGAAGAUAGUCAUCCCUUUCUUCAGCCUGCUCAUAAAAGACAUCUACUUCCUCAACGAGGGAUGUGCCAACAGGCUGCAGAACGGACACAUCAACUUUGAGAAAUUCUGGGAAUUUGCCAAACAAGUGAGUGAGUUCAUGACCUGGAAGAAAGUGGAGUGUCCAUUUGAGAAGGAUCGCAAGAUCCUGCAGUACCUGCUGACCGCCCCAGCAUUCACUGAAGAUGCUUUGUAUCUGGCAUCAUACGAGAGUGAAGGGCCUGAGAACAACAUGGAGAAGGACAGAUGGAAGUCUCUGAGAUCCACUCUGCUAAGCAGGGUCUAAACUUCUCUGCUGAAGAAACCAGAAUAAAGACAAAACCCUGACAAGCGAGCUGUUGUCCAAAUGAAGUAUCCCCAUGUUAGAAGGGAAAUGACAAUCUCUACUUUGGCUGGCGAGGAUCUUUUGUGUUCCCCCCAGCUUCAGAUUUCUAUUAAGCUCUGCUUUUCCUUACCCUCUUGCUCUUUGUGCUGUAUAUUUCAGGACAGCUCUUUUUUUCAUCUCUUUGUAUGACUUUGUAGUCUUUUUAAAAAAAAAAAAGAAAUGCUACAAACCUUCAAAGUAAAAGCCGAGGGGUGCCAAGGUGCUUUUUCUUGUCUGAAGCAUUUCGCCCUGAUAAACUUUCUGUGAGUGUAAAUGGAGACAUUGGGCUUGUUUGUUCCCCUACUAGUCUAACACAUUCUUUUUCCACUGAAGCUACAGAGUUAGCUGCUGGUUGGCUAACUCAACAGAAACGCUACUCAUGCUGGUUCCAUAAGCCAGCAUCCUUUGUAUGGAAAACUCAAACUGUGCCCGCAACACUUGUUUAUCAUUAAGCUAGCCAUUAUUUGUAGUUUUGCGUCAUCUCCUUCCUUUUGAAUGAUACCUGAGGAUCUCUCAUGUCAUGUUUCUGAAGGUUUUGUUUGUUAAUUGUGAUGUGUAAGAAAAAAAGUGCACUGGCUGCAGUUUAAAGAUGAUGUAUUAGAGUAUUAUGUUUGUGUUGUAUAAAGUUGUGAUUUUCUUAAGCAGGAAGCAACAGUGUUCCUUGUCAUUACCUUUGACACACUCGAGGCCUCAGUGUGCUUCGAAUUAAGGCAUCAGCAAGCUUCAACCUAAGUGUGUCAUGUAUAGUUGAACAUCAUCCCAAUCCCCCUUUCCCCCACAUCUCCCGAGCACUUCAUUUGAAGCAUACUGAGGCAUGCAGCAGUGUUAAAUGGAAGGUGUGAUGGUGUGUUUCCUGUUGCUCCUGAUCAUCAGUGUUAAAAUAGCUCUGUACUGCUGAGAAGAUGAGCCCUGCUGUGGGCCACCUUUCGUACUUCCCCCUUUUGUUCCUGCUCUAAUGUAAAAAAUGUGCGGUUAAUGCCCCCCCCCCCCCUGGAGGUUCAGCCAGAAAAGUGAAUGGGUUUCGUGUGGUUGAAUAAUGUGAACUGAGGAUUUCUGUUUAAACCCCUACAAAUGCUAAAUGAUGUUCUUACUGUGUUUUUAUUUUUCAUACUAUUAAGUAAAGUUUCUCCAUAUUUGUUUUAUUUAUAAAUCUAUGUGUAGUCACAUUGUGUCAUGCCAAUAUGUACUUUUAUUUUAUUGUUAUUUAAUUUUGUACUAGGUACAUAACAUGCUUAAGUAGUAGUCAGAUUUGGCUUAACUAUUAUUUUUUACACAAGUUUGUAUGAGACACUUAUUUUUCAAGGUACCAGCUCACAGUAUGAAGUUAAAUAGUUUUGACUGACGUCUGCUUUGCCUUGACUGCUCCUCCCUCAACACAGAGUGCUGUUGUGGUUUAUUAUGUGUUCCCCCCCUCCCUGUGUUCAUUCGUUUGUAUUUGGACUGUUAUAAUGGAAUGGAGGAACUGUUUAUAAAUUAAUUAGUAGUGUUUAAAAGAGUUAAUAAAAGAAUGUUUCGAUUA